GUUGGGUGUGAGCUGGAGCGACGCGACCCCGCAGGCGAAGAAGCAGCGCGUCAACCGCGAUGUCGCAGCCGAUGUUGUGGGUGCUCUCCUCAAAGAGACUGCCGAGUUUCGGGUCUUCCAGCUGACCAUCACUCGCGCAGAAGGCUUCCAGACUGUCUUGCGACAGCGUCUCGUGGUCGCAAACGCAGGCGCAGCUGUGCAACCCAGCUACAGAGCGCAGAGCUUGCGGCCCUUGAACGACUCGCUGUUCCCCGGCAGUUGUGAGCAAGGGGACAUGUUGCUGAAGGCGACUAAGCAUCGCCUGACUGUCUGUUUGGCCGAGACUGGCCAUUCCGCAGGCGGGACGUCGCAGGCGCAGGCGGUCUCAACGCAGGCGGUCUCAACAUCGCAGGCGCCUAUGAAAUGGACGUUUUACGUGCCCGUCAGCCAGGGUCUCUACGAUCUUUUGCAGAUCUCAGAGUCGUUCGAGAAGAAGAUGACUGCCUUCUUCGACGUGGGCAACCACGCGUAUAUGAAGACAGUUGCGUCCAAGUUCACCACGUCGAAGUAUGGCAAGGCGGCAGCUGGGUCGCAGAAUGACUCGGCAGGAACGUCCGCAGAGACCGUGUUGUUGUUCUCGGAAGUUCUGCCAGCCGCCCUCAUCGGGUUGGCAGCGCGUGAUCACUUGAGGUCCCAGGCGGGUUCGGUGUCGGAGGCGGGGUCGGACGCGAGCUUUUCGAAGACGACCCUUGUCAGUUUCAAGAUCCCGGUUGCUUUGGGCGCGCAAGUCAUGAACCCAGUGUCUUCCUUGUCCUGGCUUUCGGUGUGGGAGACGGCUUGGUCGCAGGCGCCGUCGAACACAAGCAACGAGUAUGAGGAAACAUUGCGUCAGUGCGAGCUGAAAGUUGUUGAGGCCAAGAUCACAACAACGCCGGGCGCGAACGAGGAUUUGAGUGCG